AUGCCUGACGAACAUAUCCCCCCCUGGCCCGCUUCUCCUCCUCUCCAAAGGGGAUCGCCGGACAUAAAUUACUGCCCACACUGUUUUCAGAGCCGUGGGCCGGCCGCGAUCCGCGCGCGUGGUGGCGACCAGCCGUGGCCCCACUUCAACGGGGAACGUGCUGAAAACGGGAACUACAUCGAGAGCGACGAGGUGGCUCAGCGGCACGGGGUCUGCGGCGACCCCGAGCAGACCGCGGCCGAAGGCUCCAACAAGUACGGGCAGGAGAACAGCAAAUACCCCGUGCUGGAGACGUACGCCGAAGGAGGCAUCCUCGAGGUCAAGAUCGUCGUGUCCACCUACCACUGGGGACACGUGGAGAUGUUCCUCUGCGACGCCGACGACCUCCCGGACGGCCCCGACAGCGUCGUCACGCAGUCCUGCUUCAACGAGCAUCCCCUGGACCGCGCGGAAGACGACGAGUUCAACGGCCCCAUCGACCCCCUCAACAGGGGGCGCUUCAUCCUCGACCCCCCCUGCCGCGCCAGCGAAACCGACCAGGAACUUGUGCCAGGCGCCUUCCCCGGCGACGUGGCCACGGCCCGGUUCCAGCUGCCCCAGGGGGUGACUUGCGAGCGUUGCGUCGUCCAGAUGGCAUACUGGAACUCGUGCAAGCACCAAGGUUACGCCGAGUUCAACCCUCCCUCAUGGCCCGGCUCGUGCGCCCCGUCCAAGGCCGACUGGAUCAAGGAGGCCGUCGGGCAGUGCGGCGACGGCGACGCUUACCCGGAGGAGUUCUGGAACUGCGCCGAUGUCUCGAUCACGUCCGACGGGGGCCCCGGGCCCGCGCCUGCCCCCACCCCUGAAACCCACAAAGAAUCCGAGGCCCCCGUGGACGAACUCAUCGAGCCUACCCCGGCGCCCGCGGUCGUCGUCGAAGAGUACGAGCCCACGUACGCCCCGACUCCGGAAGAGGAGUACGAAGAGCCCAUGACGCCGUCCCCCACGACAUCGGAACAAGAGGGGGACAAGGAGGAGGAGUACGAGGCGCGGACACCGGCGCCCGCGACGGUCGAUGAUGAUGACGAGGAACAGGACACCGACGAGCCCACGCCCGCGCCCACCGCCGAGCUCGAGCCGGCCACGCCCAUGGACUCUCCGACCGAGCCGAUCGUGGCGACCUUCGCGCCUUCGGUGCCCCCCCCUGUCUCGACCGACCCCGACUGCGAGGACCCCGUCGGUGCGGCUGGCUACGAGUGCGAGGAGAUGGCGGACUGCUACUCUGACGUGCAACGUCGGCAGUUGGUUGAGUCGUGCCGCCCACGCGGCGACCGCUGCUCCGAGGGCUGGGGGCAGUGCGGAGGGCUGCACUGGGAAGGCCCCGAGUGCUGCUGGCCCGGCGCCGAGUGCGUCGAGCGCAACGAGCACUUCCACCAGUGCGUCCCCGAGGGAGCCAUCCACUGAGCAUGACGAUAAUCUGUGGUCUUGGUUGCGUGUGUUGUUUAUCGCAAGUUCGCGUUGGGCUUGUAUUUUAACGCAUGUGAAAAAAUGAGGCCGGAUGGUGAGAUCUUGCGGUUCCUUGUCGUUGUCGUUGUUGCUGUAGAGGUGCUGUAGCCGUUUUUGUAGCCAACGUUGUUAUGACCCCUAUGGUUGAGGUCGUCUACCACAUGCUUUUACUCAAUAGCAUGGUAAGUUAAGGUCGCCUGAAUACGUCACCUGUUCCACGUUUUUCUUGAGGGUGUCGUCGCCUUACGGCGAUGUCAUCGUUGUGCUGUGAGACAAAACAUGAAGUUUUUGUAAGUUUCUGGAGCAUAUUGUCUUUCCCACACCCGCUCCACGUGGGGGAAACGCUGCUGGUAAUUAUGAUUGGUUGCUGUAUGUUGGAUUUUGCCGGAGAAUCGUGUUACGUUUCCCAGCAGGGGAGGUUUAGGAUGGAAAGAAGGCGCACGUUGUCACGAGUACAGCUACUUGAUACGUGGUCUUUUUUUGGGCUGUCGCUUUUCUCAAGAAGGGACGUUCGCGCGCGCACGCCAAACGCCUCCGAGAAUAAUCGAACACCUCGUUCUUGGAAAAGACAGCGUAAGAAGUGGAUUGUCGUUUUUCCAUAUCUUUUUUUGGGUGUUCCCGUUUGGAGAAAAGAGACAGCCCCCAAAAAAAAGACCACGUUUGUGUCGACUUUAGUGAUCUCGUAGAGUUUUUGGGUGGGUGGGUGGAUCACAUGGUUUAUAAAGGGAGGUUUUAGGACUGCUGGAGUUUCUUGUGAAUGAAUGAAGUGCUUUGCUGCGGGCAUUCGUGGCCGUGUGGGAUGUGGUGUAGGAGGAGGAGUGGAGGGUGUAGGUCCGAUGAGCGGAUGGUGUAGUAGGUCCGAUGAGCGGACGGUGUAGGUCCGAUGAGUGGACGGUGUAGGUCCGGCGAGUCGGUUGAUUUGGUUCAGGAUUGUGAAGGCUCUCCAUCGCGAUACCGUCCUACAAUGCCAAAUCUGCUGGCUGUCGAUUUUCAUGGGACUUGUGGGUUGGGCGGUUGGGGGGGGGGGCUUGAAGUUAGCUUGGCACCGGAUGGAAGACUAGAGUUUUAUCGCAAUGUCGUCAUGUGUUUACCUGUUGUCGAUAGUUCUGGUGGCCGUAUAUGGGUUAUUGGGCUGGUAGGGUGUCAAGAGUGAAGGUCACGUGUUUUGAAUACACGCAUGAAUGAAGGGAGUCGUGUGCCCGUACACCGUUUUAUCCCCGUCGUGGUUUAAGCGUACCAUGUUAGAGGUCAUAACCGUGAUAAACGCCAGAAGCGUUUGUGUGCUCGUUGUAAUGAAAUCAUUUUUGGUUGUUGGGGGAGAUACAGAGAUGCAUCUCGGUGACGGGCUGUUGGAAGCGCUGCUGAGUUCCUGCCUUUCCAAGGCAAGAUGUAUGUAUGAACGGCGUAGACGCACUCGUUCGUGCUCCUCUUGUGAUGAUGGUGUUGUGAUGUUUUCGGGUUAUGUUACAGGCACGUUGUGAUACAAGGUGGUGUCUUGGGAAAAGAGGGUGCAUACUCAUGGGGUGAUACUUGUGUCGUGUUGCUAAUUGGAAGCCGAUCUCUCGUCGCUUCUCGUUGGUUGUCGCUGCUGCCGUGAAGUACGGGGAAGGUGAAGGAUUUUCC